AUGAAGGGGAAUUUUCUCAAGGUGAGCCUAAACAAAUUGCAGAGGGUGGGUAGCAGACUUGUACCUUCUGCAGCCACCGCCGACAAGUGCUGUAAAUGGGCAUGGUGGUCUUUUGUGCAUGAAGACAAUACGAUCCCAAGCGAUGUUCCGAAGGGUCACUUGGUGGUCUAUGUAGGGGAAAACCAGAAAAGAUUUGUUAUCAAAAUCACCAUACUCCAGCAUCCACUAUUCAAGGCAUUGUUGGAUCAAGCUCAGGAUGCAUACGAUUUCACAGCUGACUCAAAAUUCUGGAUACCUUGUGAUGAGAAAAUCUUCAUCAGUGUCAUUAGAAGUGCUACACCUCCUAGAAGCAAAAUGAUCUCAAUCUGCAUUUGUUGA